AUGACCCUCGUGGCAAAGUCCGACCAGUCCACCGGCAACGCCCUGUUCGCAUCCUACGUUCUGCAGUCGCAUGAGCUGGUCUUCUCCUUCACAGCCCCAUACUCGCGGAAGGCCCCGCGGCAGGGGGACGGCGGUGCGCUGCCGGGGUACAGCCAAGAGGCCGCCUAUGAGUUCCUCAACAUGCACGGCCUCGCGGCGCGGGCGGUCGGCAUCCUGGUGGAGGACGCGGCCGACGCGUACGCCCAGGCCACGGCCAACGGCGGCGUCGGCGUGCUGGCGCCCACGCGGCUGGAGGACUGCGAAGGUGGCGCCGGGGGCAGCGCGGUCAUCAGCGAGGUCAAGCUGUAUGGCGACGUGGUGCUGCGGUUCGUCAGUGGCGACUACAAGGGCGCCUACCUCCCGGGCUUUGCGCUGACGCCGGAGGCGCCGCGGAUCUGCUACGGCGUGCGGCGGCUGGACCACGCCGUGGGCAACUCUCACAACCUGGUGGAGACGGCCUCCUACAUCGUCAACAUGACGGGGUUCCACGAGUUUGCAGAGUUUGUGUCGAAGGACGUGGGCACAGAGAACAGCGGCCUCAACAGCAUGGUCCUGGCCAGCAACAAUGAGAUGGUACUGCUGCCCAUCAAUGAGCCCGUCUUUGGCACCAAGCGGAAGAGCCAGAUCCAGACCUACCUGGAGCAGAAUGAGGGCCCCGGGCUGCAGCACCUCGCCCUCAAGACGAAUGACAUCAUCGCCACCAUGCGGGAGAUGCGCGCCCGCAGCGACGCCGGUGGCUUUGAGUUCAUGCCGCGGCUGCACGACACGUACUACCGCACCCUGCCCGACAGAAUCGGUGACGUGCUGACAGCCGAGCAGUAUGCUGCAGUGGAGGAGCUCGGCAUCCUGGUGGACAAGGACGACCAGGGGGUGCUCAUGCAGAUCUUCACAAAGCCGCUGGGGGACAGGGCGGGCGGGCGCUAUCCCGGCAGUGGUUGA